UCACUGUAAUGUUGCCGUGACGUAGUUCGCAACCGCUCUGUUUGCAUUUUUGGUUAAUUUUUCUGUUAUCACUUUCAGAUUGUUAAAAAGUUCACUUUUCAACCAAUAAUGAUGCCUGUUUCCGCAUCCAGUGCGGCAACAGUGACAAACACAGACAAUGCAAUUGAUCACCAGGUUGAUUACAAACGAAAAUACAAGAAUUUGAAAAGCAAGUUAAAGUUCUUGGUUUAUGAACAAGAAUGUUUCCUUGAAGAAUUGCGAAGGGCCCAGAGAAAACUUCUGAAAGUUUCCAGGGACAAAAAUUUCCUGUUGGAUCGUCUAUUAUCAUACGAAAAUAUCAACGACUCAUCGGGCGACUCCGACGCGACGGCAUCGAGUGAGAGCGACAUAGAAAUAAACAGAGAAAGCAUUGUGACGAAAAAGAAAAAGACCAUUAGCAGCAGCAGCAGUAGUGUUGGCUCCAGUGCAGCACCUGUGGUCACAUCUCCACCAUCAUCAUCGAAUUUGUUAGGGACAGACACAUCAACACUGUUUGUGAACCCUUCCUUUACAAACUUGCUGUCACAAAACCCUGUUCUGCCAUCUCCCUUAGUCACACCAGAAAAUAAAAAGAAAACCAAAACUGCAAUUAAAAAAUCAACCACAAAAUCAAGUACACCCAAAGCCCCUGAACCACAACCUGAAAGAAUUGCUGGCCAGAUGACCCGGGAGGAACUAGAAAGACAUUUGGAGUCUCGACAGCAUUCUUUCGGAAUUGAGAAAGCACCUGCCAAGUUACCAAUGGAAAUAUUUAGCAAUGAAAACUCUGAUCCUGACAGUGAAACCGCCCAGGAUGCCUCAGGAUUGUUGGGUGAUGUCGACGAUGAUGCUGAACUUGUGAUAGAUGCCCCUCAAUGACUUCAACUUUUAUACAGUUUUUUAAAAUAUAUCUUUUACAAUAAAAAUUACUUUUUUUCUAAA